AUGAAGUUCAGCGCUUCUCUCCGCCUCGAGGCUCUUCCUCACCUGAUAGGCAUAACCGCAGCACUGCAGCGGCUAGCUAGGGGGGGGCCCCCCGGCAGCUGCUGCUUAAAGCUGACCCCCAAGAAGCUGAGCCUCAACACCAGACAACCCUCAUGCGAGCUCUACGCCGAGCUCGAUAUGGCAGAAGUGUUCAGUGUAGGCUGGAUACUAGAAAGCAAACGCAGCAACUGUGUGGCUCUCCAGAUAGAGCCGCGGCAGCUCCUGGGGACGCUGAAGCUGGCUCAGAGUUGCCGGCGUAUCACAGUUAAACUCGCCAAACGGAUGGGACAAGGAGCGUUGGUGUUUGAGUUUACAGACCUUCAGCUGGCGAACGUUUGGAUUACCCAGUCUAAUUUGGAGCUCCCCCGCGUGAAGAGUCUCCUCGCUAUGUUGGAGCGUCUCAGGAAGCUCGGUAGCGAAGAGGUGACGCUGGAGGGCAGCAUAAACCCUCAGGACUGCAAUGCAUUUGACUUGGCCGUUUCAGCGGCGUCUGACCUGGUGACAGCCAAGGCGAUGUAUACUCGCUGCAGCCGUCUCGUGCCCGAGGGCCAGGAAGCUCUCGAAGAUGUCUCCUUCGUCCGCUCGGUCCUCACAAAGCACCUCAUUGCUGGCCUCAAGGCAUGUUUAGGGUUUAGGGCCUUGCUAGACUGCAGCAACAGCCAGGGAGCACCCAUCAAUAGAGCAGGCUUAUCUAAUUUGGAGCUUCCCCGCGUGAAGAGUCUCCUCGCUAUGCUGGAGCGUCUCAGGAAGCUCGGUAGCGAAGAGGUGACGCUGGAGGGCAGCAUAAACCCUCAGGACUGCAAUGCAUUUGAUUUGGCCGUUUCAGCGGCAUCUGACCUGGUGACAGCCAAGGCGAUGUAUACUCGCUGCAGCCGUCUCGUGCCCGAGGGACAGGAAGCUCUCGAAGAUGUCUCCUUCGUCCGCUCGGUCCUCACGAAGCACCUCAUUGCUGGCCUCAAGGCAUGUUUAGGGUUUAGGGCCUUGCUAGACUGCAGCAACAGCCAGGGAAAGGAGAUUGAGGGUCUUGUGGCGCUGCUGGUUCCAGAGGAUGAGGCCGUGCACGGCUGGCUGUCCGUGGUGCUGCAGAAUGAAGGAGGGCCCCCAAGGCUCUCAGGGGCCCCCAAGGCUCUCAGGGGCCCCCAGGGCUCUCAGGGGCCCCCAGGGCCCUCAGGGGCCCUCAAGGCUCUCGGGGGCCCCCAGGGCGCUCAGGGGCCCCCAAGCCUCUCGGGGGACCCCGAGGAUCUCAGGGGCCCCCAAGGCUUUUGGGGGCCCCCGAGGAUCUCGGGGGCCUCCGGGGGCCCCCAUGGAAUUCCUUUUUGUUUGGUUCCAGAGGAUGAGGCCGUGCACGGCUGGCUGUCCGUGGUGCUGCAGAAUGAAGGACUGGAGUCCGUCCGGGUGCUGCUUGUGCUGCCAACAGUGCCUCAAAGGGGCCCCAUAGAAUAA